CGCUAUCCCGGAUUCCCUAUCGACAAGCUCAAGAUACCAGACCCAGAUCCAUUAGCGGCCAUACGGUAGUCCUGCGUCCACUGGGUCGGCCAUUUCAAACAUGUCUACAGCAGUAGCUGUCCUAUAGAUCAAGGUGUCUCUUAUAUUAAGCCUAUUGGCCGGUUCUUUCGGCAAUUUUGCCUUUACUGGCUCGAGGCAUUGAGUCUUAUGGGACACAUGGGAGACGGCGUUCUCUUGAUCACAAGACUCGAGAACCUGCUAAAAGAACAGUCGUCGGAUCGCCAAUUAGUAGAUCUUGUCCAGGACUCACGCCGGUUUAUCCUCCAGAAUAGAUGGGUCAUUGAGAACGCUCCACUCCAGACAUAUGAGUCGGCUCUUAUAUUCAGCCCAGCUAAUAGCUUACUACGAAAAAUAUUCGAGAAUGAAGAGCCAAACUGGAUAAAGAUAAAGCCUAUAGUGGAAAGCGCCUGGAGUUCUUGUCAACAGACGCUCGCGGGCCAUAGCGACUGGGUCAGCUGUAUCGCCUUCUCGCCCGACGCCAAGCUCAUAGCAUCAGGGUCAAGUGAUCACACCGUCAAGCUUUGGGAUACGGCGACGGGGGCCCUUGAACAGACGCUCGCGGGCCAUGGUGACUGGGUCUUCUCUAUCGCCUUCUCGCCCGACGCCAAGCUCAUAGCAUCGGGGUCAGGUGAUCGCACCGUCAAGCUUUGGGAUACAGCGACGGGGGCCCUUCAACAGACGUUCGAUAUUGGUGCUGCAAUCACAAAUCUAUCAUUCGACAAUACCAGCUCACGCCUAGAUACAGAUAUCGGCCGUCUCGAACUAGCUAAUAGGACUGAAGCUUCGUCUCGAGCUCCGGUUCCAGAGCAAGCACAACGCCAUGAAUACGGCCUAAGCCAUGAUAAAUCCUGGAUUACCUGGAAUGAACAUAACGUACUAUGGCUUCCACCUGACUGUCGGUUUUCUACCUCGGCGAUUUCAUAUUUUGCCAUGCCAUCGACAACAACAACAGUCACAAUGAUUGCCCUAGGGUGUCUUUCUGGAAGGGUUAUGUUGAUAGGGCUCCUGGGUUCUGGGCCUUCCUCUGUAUCAUAAUUUCAGGACACUCCCUCGCGCACGCAGGCUGCGGUAAUGCUCAUAACCACAUCGCAUAGCUAGUAACGGCUGUGAUGCCCAUGCACGUGACAACUGGAGUAGCCCAGAGGAGCUCACAUCGGAAGACGAUGACUUGCCAGAGGCCCAGGCCAACGCCUAAGCUUUGUUUUCGGUCAUCUAUAGAUGCCAAUCUUGAUUGCUGCCGGUUGAAUUUGGCGCUGCAGACAUGUUGACUAUCAUAGUGCUGCCAAUGGACCGGUCGAGGGAGUCGAAGCCUUGUGAUUGAGAGUAAAUUGUCGAUGGGCGGUGGUCGUUCGCUAGCU